AUGCUCCCGCGCGCUUUCGGUCGCCAUGAAGGCUCCUUCUGGUCCCUGCUGUCCUCCAAACCCUCGAGAUCCGCCUUGACCUUCGUACUUGCGGCGAUUCUCGUUGCUGUCAUCUGGCGGAGCUCGAGGCCAGAGACGGAGAAUGCACUCGCAGGCAUCACACCAGUGGUCGUAGGAGACUUCUCCUCUGAAGGACAGCAGGAGGUUGUGCAUGCGACCAAAGGCCGACUACAUCUUCUGAUACCCGCCACGAGCUCGGGACCAGAUUUGUGCAAGCUUCUGCUGUCGGCGCAGAUACUGGGCUACCCUACCCCAGUGCUAAUCAACUUCGACGAUCCGGAAGAUUUGGAGGAUCCCUACAAGCAGCACAUUGCCAAAGUGGGUGGGUUUCUGGAGUACUUGGAGCAGCUGCAGGCGUCGAGCGAGUAUGCGGAGGAUCUUGUGCUGAUUGUGGAUGGAUAUGAUAUUUGGUUCCAGCUGCCACCAGAGGUCCUUAUCAAACGAUACUACGCUCUCAAUGGCGCGGCGGAUGACCGCAUGCGCAAGACUUACGGCGAUGCAACUUUCGAGGCCCAAGACAUGAGGCAGACAAUCAUUUUCGGCCCUGACAAGCUCUGCUGGCCGGUUGAUUAUAGUCGUCCGGCAUGCUGGGCAGUCCCCGAGGCCACAUUACCCGACUACGCAUUUGGACCGGAGACGUCUCGAAUUCACAUUGAUAUGUUCAUGCCACGAUGGCUCAACUCCGGCACGGUUUUUGGGCCCGUGAAGGACGUGAGAGAUCUGUUCAAUUCAACGCUGGAAGCGAUCCACACAAAGUACGAGACCGACUCGGACCAGUUCUACUUCGCCAACAUCUUCGGCGAGCAGGAAUAUGCCAGGCUCACACACAGACCCGAGCUGCUGUUGGAGGCCAAGAGCAAGCGCAUUGGCAUUGAGUGGAACUACACAGACAUUGAGAUUGUGAGAAAUGAGCCACAACUCGAUCCUGCCAACAAGACGGAGUAUCACAUCGGGAUCGACUACGAGUCUACUGCGUUCCAGACAGUCGCUUUCUACAAGCAGUUCCUGAUCUUCAUGCGGCCAGAGGACUCGUGGGAGCCGGAACGGACGCAGGUGACAUUCAGUCGACCUCAAACUUGGAGGCCGCAUGUCAUGCAGCUACCAGACGACAUCCGCCAUUCUCGGCCGCCUUUUCACGCGUUGGCUUCGAGCGACGACGCCAGCACCGACGCCAUGACAUCUUGGUCAGAAGUUGAGCUCCUCUACAACCCCUUGACUGGCCAGAUCCCCGUCUCAGUCCACUUCACCGGAUCCGGCGAGAAGGCCUUGCGAAGGUUUUGGUGGCAGAGGUUAUGGUUCCAGACACGAGCGAGCGAACUGCGGCAGGCCGCACGGAAACUCGACGGCGAAGCCAUAUCCGGCGUUCCCAUUAAUGGCUUGACGUGGUAUAACGCAGAACCUCAGGACGCACAGGACAUUUCAUUCAACGGCAGAGGAGGCGCAUGGUCGGAUGACGGGGGCUGGUUCAGCUGGAACAAGCUGUGCAAGCCUCAUGAGGAACAUAUUUUUGAAAUUAUGAAUGAGGAGUACUACCACGCUCCUCCUAAGGAGGAGAAGGAGGAGCAGGAGGAUGAGGAGGAGGAUGAUGAGGGGGAGAAGCCGGACGAGAAGCCGGAGGAGACGGUGGAGGACGCGAAGCCAGAACCGGAGAUUGUUACGUAG